GGAGCGAAUGGGAUGUCAGAGAGAGCUUCAACAAGACUGAUCAAGUAUACUCGGGCCUACGUGUGGAUUAACCCAAAUCUUCCUGAACAGUAUAGACAGUGAUCUAUUGAGAGUCAAACUCCUUCCAAGUACCAUGGGUCGUUACAGCAGAAGACGUUUCUUCCUAGCGACAGUUGCCAUGACAGCGUUGUUUUCAUUUCCGUUGAUGCUACCCAAAGAUGCCUUCGUCAUGGAGAUGUCAUUCUUAGACGCCAGUUCGACAGGACUGUUGGUCAAUACGGAAGGGUGCAAAAUACCCGAUAUCGACCCCUUUGAUAAGAGCAUAAGUCAUUUGAUUUAUAAAGGGAACUCAAUAAAAUGUGACGCCAAACCCGCCAUUACUUAUGUGGAUAAAACCUGGCUGCGGUUUAAUAUGACGAUUUUAAAGGAACAUUACGGACAGGGAUUAGACCGCUGCGAGUACCAAACCGUCACGCGUGGUGGCGACGGUAAAAGUGAUGAUCUCUUCCUGUACGAGGAGCCAAUCAUAUUUACCGACGACAUCCGGGUCUUGUCCGAAUUCAUCCGGAUCGCCUGCUUUGGGGAGAAUGGAGACAUGAUUUACACUAACUUUCACGCCUUCAUUCAGGACAAAUCACUCAUGGAUGAUCGGGCGAAUCUGCAAUUCGACGCGUUUAUAAACCGGGAGAAGCCAAAAGAGACCAUGAAUGUCUUGAUGGUUGGGUUAGAUUCAAUGUCUCGAUUGAAUUUCAUUCGCCAAAUGCCAAAGACGCGCGAGUUCCUUCUCAAUACUUUAGGCGCCGUGGAGAUGGCGGGGUACAACAAAGUUGCCGAUAACACGUUCGUAAAUUUGGUUCCGAUGUUUGCGGGGAAGUUUGUUGAAGGUUUACCGUGGACGGAAAUGAUGUCAGAUGACCCAUUUGAUAAGUACAACUUCAUGUGGAAGGAGUUUUCUCGGAGGGGGUACCGGACUUUGAUGGCGGAAGACGCGCCGAAAAUCGCCAUAUUUAACUUCAACAAAGCAGGAUUUCACAAACAACCGACGGAUUACUAUAUGCGCCCUCUUAGCCUUGCUAUGGAAAAUCACCGUUCAAUAUGGCGGAACGACCACAACUGCGUUGGUCCGAAACUUGAAACAGAAAUUGUUUUGGAUUGGGUGAACGGUUUCGUGGACCGAUUCAAAAACAAACCCCAUUUUGCUUUCUCGUUCAUAACGAGGCUGACACAUGAUGACGUCAACAAGGCGGGCGCGGCAGACGAACCACAUUUUCAGUUUUUGACAACACUUCACGAAAAAGCUCUCUUGAAUAACACUAUCGUGAUAUAUUUCAGCGAUCAUGGUGUCCGAUUUGGUUCACUUCGAGAAGGAUACAUCGGCAAGAUCGAGGAACGUCUACCGGCCAUGUUUUUGGCGUUUCCAAAAUGGUUCCGGAAAAAAUAUCCCGCACUUUUGAAAAACAUUCGCACGAAUGGUAAUCGGUUGACAACCCCGUUUGAUAUUUAUGAAACUUUAGGGGAUAUUAGAAACUUCCAGCCCGAUGAGAUUUUAUCAAGGAAAACUAGUGGCCUCAAACGCGGCAUAUCUUUAUUUGAGGAAGUCCUGCCGUCUAGGUCAUGUGACACCGCGAGUAUUUUAACCCAUUGGUGCACGUGUCAUUCCGAAAAAGACAUCGAUACAAACUAUCCAAAUGUCGUAAAAGCAGCCGACUUUUUACUGCGGCAUAUGAACUCGGAGUUAGAUAUUCAUAAUCUUGGAGGCAUGUGUGAAAUACUGUCCGUUCAUAAAGUCGAAAACGCACAGGAAAUUGUCGCAAAUGACAAAGUUUUACAUUUUAAAAGAAGUUUAGGAGACGUUUUAGGUCGCACUGUCACAUUUGGUAACCGGACUAGUACGUUCGUCGACUACCAGUUGGCAGUAAGGACAGUUCCUGGUGAUGGUUUAUUUGAAACAACUGUCAGAUUUUCAGAAAUUGAUCAAACUUUUGCAAUAGUUGGUGACAUCAGCAGGAUCAAUAGAUAUGGGGACCAAUCAAGCUGCAUCAAUAAUUUCAACAUGAAGAAAUAUUGCUAUUGUAGACAGUAGGACAUCAGUUGGACGCAUAAAUCGGGCGUUUUCUGAACGUCUCUAUCAAUUGACGGGGAAUGCUUUCUCUCUCAGUGACUCGAUGUAGGGUAUGUUAUCGUGUUUGCAUCUCUAUGGUGAACGCCUUCGAAGGAUGUACCUGCAAGCUCCUCAACAACAGCGCAUCACACGCCGUCCUUUAGAGUUGCGCUCAACUAAUUCUCGGGAAAUUGUUUACUGAAAAACUGGACAAAACUUGCAGCAAUAUAGAGAGGGUUAAAAAUAUGACGUAUCACGUUGAGCUGAACUACGCGUUCGUUGAUUAGUAAUGUGCAAGUAAGCCGCUCAUGUUAAUUUGAUCAAACACUCCAGUAGCUUUUUAUACUGGGUCAAAAAUGGCAAGGUACGAGCUCACGUAUAGCUACGGUAUGGAAAAUUCCCGCAUGAAGUCAGAGUCGAGGUUCGGACAAGUGAUUCUGGCUGUUUCUUAAGCGACAUUGACCUACUAUGUAUCUUAAAUUAUUGAACUUUGCAUGCGACACUGUAAGCGCGAUCUGUGAUAUAUCUAUAUAGAAAUAAUGGGAAAUGGAGCAGGAAGUGUCACUUCACUGAUUGACUGAUGUCCCUCCAUUUUCAUGCCUAGGAACAAACUACAUGUACGUGUCAAUCACAUUUUCAGUUCUAAUA